AUGGCCGCGCGAAGCAUACCAGGCUACGUGCGCGUCGCGACGAUCACCUACACCGGCCCGGCAUUCGGGAACGCUUCCAACAGACCCUCCGUAGACAACUACUACCGAAGCGACAACUACCUCCGCCACACCCUCGCCCAAAAGCUCAUGGAAGAAAUCAACCAAGCAGAACCCAGCACCAUGUACUUCUUCGACAGGCUUCCCCCAGGCCUCGUAGGCUACGAGAACGUCCGCCCCUUCAACGAGGGCAGCCGCAACAAGGGGCAGAUUGAUCGCUUCAUCUAUGGACAUCCUGAGGGCCCGUUCGAGACGUUGGAUCGGAGUUAUGAUCAUGUGAAGUUCUUGGUCUUCUAUGGCACGCCGAGGGAGGGGAAUGCGUGUCCGUGUCAUCGGUGUGAUAGGAAGAGGACGAUUGGGGAGAAGGGGGUGGUGAGGACGAAGACGCCGGUGCCGUGUCCGAGGAUGCAGAUUAGGGAUGUCAAGGUGCUACCGGAGGAGUUGAAGAAGUUGAAGCUUGUGAGGCUUAUUGAGGUGCUGUGCUCAGGGGAUCAGCAGGGUCAGACAGUGCAGCAAACUCGGUCGCCUCUGCAGGCACAGCACAUGCAGCAAGCCCAGCACCUUCAGCAGCCUCAACACAUGCAGCAAGAGAUUCCACAGCCACUGGCACCGCCUCAGCAAGUCCAGGACAUGCAGGAACCUCAGCGAAUGCCAAAUGUCUCAGAUGCCCAGCGAGCCAGACGCCUCCAGCAAGCUCGAUACGCUAUGCAAGCCCAACAACUCGAAGAACUUCAGCAGCUACAACAGCUUCGCCGAUCCCUACAAGAUCAACGACAGCCAGCACCACCGCAAGUCGUACCACCACAUCUACAGUCCUUCUACAACCAGACCAUGCUCCCACAUACGCAUGUGGCACAGCAGCACUCUGCAAGUCGAGAUGAGGUGGCCAUUGAUCCUCGUCUUACUGCUUCGCCUCAAUCAGCGGGUCUUGGUCAAGGAGAGUAUCAGGAGAUGUCACCUGGUAUCAUGGAGUCGCCAGCGCCGCGGUACGGUCUAUCGUACCCUGGACCGUUACCACGAGAGCCGUUCAUCAAGCAAGAAGACGCGCAAGGUCCGGGAGGGGGAAUACUGUUCUCUCAGCAAACGGGUCAGGCUGUUGGCACGAAGCGCAGUCUCGAUGUGCAGCAGGAGGGAGAGACUCUUGAUGUGGGCUCGAGCAAGAGACCAAAGCUUCAGCUGAGUAUUGGAGAUGCGCAAGCCUCUUUGCAUGCGAACUCGGCAUUCUCUCAGUCUAAGGGUAAGGGCAAGGGCAAGGAAAGACAGAGACCUGACGACCUUCAUGGAGACCCAGAAACGCAGCUCCUACCAGCAUUUGUCAAAGGCUACGAGCCUGCCGCCGGCGCAGUCCAGAGAGGUAAGGUGUCGCCUUGGGGCAGCUUCAGAUGGUAA